AUGGGGGAGGUGAAUGUAACGUUCAAGGAGCCGGUGCACAAGAUUGUGGAUAGAAUCAAGAAUGAGCCGUACUUCUGGUGGUCAAACAAGAUGGGGGGUGACCCUUCAAGGAGGAAUCAAAACAUGUACUGUAUUUAUCAUAGGGAUAAAGGGCAUACCACUGAACAGUGCAGAGUGUUAAAAGACCAUCUAGAGCAGUUGGUGAAGGCGGGGUAUUUGAAAGAGUUCAUAGUGGACCCAAGGAAUCAAGAGGCCGAGCAGGGUACUCAGCCUCGGGGGAAUCCUCUUCCACCCCCAUUGGGAGUAAUAGAAGUCAUCCAUGUAGCUCCAAGGGGCACUCAGGUGUCCAAGAGGAAGGGGGUGGUGGCUAUGGUAUUGGCGGAAAGUUGCACGGGUGAGCAACCCUCCAAAAAGAAGUUGAAGUACACUCGGGAGCCUAUUGCCUUCAAUGACGAUGACCUAGAGGGCACGAUUCAACCAUACGACGAUGCCAAUUCUUUAAUCCUUUUCCAUUUUAGCGACAUUUUUAAAAAAACGUUGCUGUAA